UGUAAUAGUGCUGUAAUAAAACAAUGAGAAUUUACUCCCGAGUUUAACUGCAUUAUCAGAGAGUUUGAUAACACAGCAAUCGGUCAACAUGGCUGCAGUCACUGUUGAAGCUUUGAAACUGGAGCUGGAGACUUUUAGUAUAAAAUGUGAAGAAGAUGCUGUGCUGGAUAAAUUGCUGGAGCAGUGUUUGUGUCACAGAGUAAAAGGAGAGGAAAUCGUUAAUGAGUGGGUGGCUUUCAGUACCACUAAAGGCCAGUUAAAACUCACUCUCAACAACCUGGAUACUUUUGAACAUGAGGUUCUGAAUAAGAAACAAAAGGCCAAAGGCUCUUCAAAAGGGAACAAGUGUAGCUCCAACACCAGAGAUGUUCACUCCCUCCAGGAUCUAAUCAAAGCUGAGGAGGAGGAAGAAAAUUUACUGGAUUCGUAUUCAACACCAGCAAAGGGCUCUCAGAAACGUGCUCUCACGACUCCAGAACACCCUCAAUCCAAGCGCAGUGCUGCUCGUCUGCUCAGUCCAGGCAUACUGCUCUCCCCUGCCAGCUUCUCACCAUGUGCGACGACUCCUCAGAAAUACAGCAUGCGGGGAGCAAAGGGGGAGGUGGUGGCAACACAUGGUUCUGUGCAAGGUUCUCCCUGGAUGGGAAAAGGCCAGACUGCAGUGCAAUUAGAACUCCUCGAGGGUGGUGAAGACUCACUUACCAGCUCUUAUAAAUAUAUGUUUCAAAGGCUUCGAGAUGUGCGAGAUGUUCUAAUGGAGAAGAUUGAAGGACUGGGUGAGGAGCUGAGAACACACUUCAAGAUAGAGGAAUUGUCUCCAGUCUCACUACCUGCUCAGGACACAGUGUCUGUGCUGGGUCAGGUGUGCUGUGAUAGUAAUGGAAAGCUGAAUGCUCAGUCUGUGCUGUUGGAGGCAAGUCAGGAGCAUGGAGCCAGACAGGUACCUGUGGAUCUCUCUGAACUCAAAGAGUACUCGCUCUUUCCUGGACAGGUUGUUGUCAUGGAAGGCAUAAAUACAUCUGGGUCCAAGUUUGUUGCCUCCAAAUUGUAUGAGGGUGUCCCAUUACCUUUUUACUCCAUUCCAGAGGUGAAGCAGGAGAUGAAUGAAAUUUCAGAACCCGUCAUGGUAUUGGUGGCUUGUGGGCCAUACACCCCUUCUGAUAGCCUGUCCUUUGACCCGCUAAUCGACCUAAUUCAUAUAAUUAAUAAAGAUCGCCCUGAUGUCUGCAUCUUGCUUGGACCAUUUGUUGACUCUAAGCAUGAACAAAUAGAGAAAGGCCAAGUGACAGAAUCGUUUGAAACCAUCUUCUCCAAAUGUAUAGAAAGCAUUGUGGAUGGAACCAGAGGGACAGAAUGUAAGUUGGUGUUUGUACCAUCUCAUCGAGACGUACAUCACCAUUACAUUUAUCCCCAGCCACCCUUCACUGUUCCAGACCUGAAGAAAGAUGACGUGCAUCGAGUUACCUUCGCCCCUGAUCCCUGCACACUCCUGAUUGGUGGUGUGACCAUUGGCAUGACCUCUACCGACAUCCUUUUCCACAUGGGAGCUGAGGAAAUAAGCUGUGCCACUGGCUCAGAUCGUUUCUCAAGGAUCAUGAAGCACAUGUUAACCCAAAGAAGCUAUUACCCUCUGUACCCUCCUGCAGAGGAGGUCAACAUGGAUUAUGAGAGGUUUCAGCAUUAUGGUCAGCUGCCCCUCACUCCUGACAUUCUUGUUGUACCUUCUGAGCUGCGCUACUUCAUUAAGGACGCGAUUGGCUGCGUGUGCGUCAAUCCCGGGCGGCUGACGAAAGGACAGGUGGGAGGAACCUAUGGACGAUUACUGAUCCAGCAGAAUCCGGUGCAAGAGGAGGGCAAAAGAGUGAGCCCCUGUAUAGCAGGGCAGGUGGUAAAAAUUUAACUUAGCUGAAGGGUUUUUUUUAUCAACCUUUUUAAUGGGUGUAACAUUUCUGCUCCAAUUAAAUUUUGUAUGAGUCGUUUGCAUUUAUGUAUGUACUAAACUUUUAUAAUAAUGUAAGAAACGGAAGAAUAAAAUGUAAAGCAA